CAACGAAGGCGUGACAUCACACCAGAGGUGUUUGAUUACUGAGGUCCUGGUGUGAGGUGUGAGCAUCCUGUGGCGUCUCACCGGCUGUCAGACAGGAGGUGGAUACAGGUUUAUAUGCGUCAGGUUAAAAGAUUAGUCGGCAUCGAUCAAGAAGAAAGAAAUCCAGCCGCAACAUUCGUGAUGAUGGUGAUUGUAUAAACAUGAGAACCAUAUGAUAAAUGAAGGAGUAACCUGUGUCUUUAAUGCAGUGGUCACCAACCUUUUUGAGCCCAAGAUCCCUGACCUCCGCCUUCAUGACCGGCAAGAUCUACCUUUGAGGCGUUGAGAGAAAACGACUGUCCAGACUGGACUUACAACUUUUUAUUUGGCCUAAUUGUCAUUUUGGUCCAGCAUUCAAAUUGAUGUGACCAGGUACACAGAAUUUAAGUGUAAUAUAACAAGUGAGAUAUUUGUUAACCGCACACAAUAUGAACAAGAAAAAACACAUUUGCAAUGAGCAGCUGGAUGAACUACCAAUAUAAAUGUUGUAUUUAUUUACAUUACAACACGACACUGACAACAUGAUCAGUCAGUGCAACUCAUGUAAGUUCAGCUCUCAUCAUAAUGCCAUCAAGCCAUGUGACUCAAGUCAGUGUGAUGCUGUGACUGAACUCUGUCUGUGAGCUUGUAGUUAGUUCAUAAUCACAGACAGCCAGUCUGAGGCAGUCUGUCAGCUGUCUGUCAGUAAUCCAGCACCUGGUCUUUGAUUUGGUGAUUUUCUCAACUUCACUGACGAGUUUUUUGGGGCAAAAUUGGUAUUCAUGAAACUUUUCUCAUCUGGGAUUGGUUCUGAAAUCUGAACUCAGACCGUUGGUGAUUACGUUCACAUCAGCUCUAUAGACAUCCUCAGAUUUAAAUAAUGUUCAUAAUAAUAAAUAUGAGAAUCACCAUUUGUGAAUCCUGCAUCUGUCCCUUUUCAAAUAAUAGAAUAAAUGCAAUUGCAAUCACUUUCAAGUAAACCAGAUUGCUCUAUCAGACAAGAAAAAAAGCUCAAUGUUGAGCUUUUGUUUUGAAGGACAACAGCAGAAAAGCCCAACUCACGGAGGUAAGACCUGGCAAGUCGCCAAGAAUCUCGGCUGUCGCACAUACGCAGGCGUAAUCUGUUAAUGCCGUAACGUAAACAUGUCCACGAAGGUACAGGCAUUUCAACAUGUAUUUAUUGAUGACUUCGUUUUAUGUCGGUGUACUUUGGUAAUAUGUGAAGUUAUCAAUAAAGGUCUUCCUGCAUUUCCCCCUGCGUCCCACCUGUAGUGGUACGUUCCCCUCUUUCAGGGAGCACAGCUGAGAGCACGGCUGUGUAAGCGAACCCGUUUUCAGGCGUUCAUGAAUCAGGCGGAGAUCUUUUCUGACCUCAAUCUUCCAGUCAGAAAGAAAACAUUUCAGAAGACACCUCAGAAAAUGUUCGAAAACAAGGAACAAUGUGUUUCUGAAUUCAUUUUCAUUUUAUUUUGGAGAUCGACAGGGAACGUCUCCGAGAUCGACCGGUCGAUCGCGAUCGACGGGUUGGAGACCACUGCUUUAAUGCAUACAUAUCUGCUCCACAUUAAUCGGUUUAAUAGGAAUAUGAAGCAUGCACUUUGUAACUCGGCAGACAAAUUCAGAUAACGGGUUCAGUUAACCCCAGGCAACCCAUUCGCCAUGAAAGCGUCUUCAUGAUUAAAAGAACGUUUGAACGGUCAAGUAAAAAAACGUUGAAGGAUUUCAUUUCCGUGAAGUGUUCGUACUCAUGAACUUGGAUUGUGAAUAUACUGUAUUUAGUGGACUAAAAACCCGCUCUGGCACACCAUGUAUUUCUUCAUCAAAACACGUAUACAAACCUUGUGAUUUGAUUGAAGGUUUGAGUCCAAUUUAACAGUUCAUACACGUGAACAUAAACAGUGAAAAUACUCGAAUGAAACAACCAAAAAAGAAAGAGGAGAGCGAAACCUUCAAUAAUGAAACAGGAUUCUCCAAAUGUGUUAUUUGGAUCUGAAUCAAAGUAAACAUGGUGGAAGAUACUGAUGGUUAAUGUUUACGAGAGUUUUCGUCAACUGAACUACAGCCGGAAGAGUUUCUAUAGUGUUGUUCUAUAAAGCUUAUGAAAGGCACCUUUUCAGGUGUUGUUGUUUAAUGUCUUAAACUGGUCACUAGAAAGCGAAGUGACGAUCUGACCUCUGACCCCCUGACCGUGGAUCAGCAGCCUGAAGGACUUUGUUCUGUCCAGAUUGAGGUGAUGUAUUUGGGUUGCCACCAGAGGGCCAUGGAAACCGUAUUGACUCUCUGUGGGCUUCAAUGGUUUAACAAAUGAUUUCCAAUAUGAAAAAUAAUCAAAACAUAUGAUUUAAAGGACUAUCGCAGUGUUUUCAUUCAUAAUAUAUCAGAGAGAAGAGAAAAGAUUCACUCCCUUCUCUGAAUUUCAUCAGAUAAUCCUUAGUCACACUAAAAGGCCUCUGCAUUAGGAUACGUGAGUGUGUGUGUGUGUCUGUGUAUUAAUAAUUUGGGUGUAUUCACAGGUGCACAAGGGUUUUUUUAUAGUGAAAGUGUUCCAACAGUAUCUAGCAGCUUGCAUUUUCUCACCAGCACCAGAGGCCUUGAAUCAAACUAUCAAACAAAAAACACCUGUUGCUUUUCCCAUUACUUCAGCCAGCUGACGUUUGGAGACUAUAUAAGACGGUUCAACUGUGCACUUAACACUGGACAAUGAGGGUUGUUCUUGCUUUGCUGUUGGUUCUGCUCAGUCCGAGUGGGUCGGGGACUCAGGGGCUCGCCGCAGUGGGCGAGAUCAGAGAGUCUCAGGACACGGCGCCAAGAGACACAACUGACGAAUGGAUGGAGCGGACCACACCGCUGCCCUCUGAGAUCUGGGCGGAGGUGAGGGCUCUGAGAGACACGGUGGUGGUGCUGAGAGUGAACCUUGAGCUGCUGCAGAGAGAUUCUUCUGACUUACAGAGCAGACUGCGCAGCAGUGAGACUGAACUUCUCGUUAUCAAGUCAAGGAUGGACCAGUUGGAGAGAGAAAACGCAGGGAAACCAAAGGUGGCCUUCUACACAGCUCUUACUGAUGCGGGAUAUGUCGGACCAAACACCGCCGACAUCACACUGAAAUACAGCAAGGUCUUCACCAACAUCGGCAAUGCUUACAGUCCCGCCACAGGUUUCUUCACAGCACCAGUGAGAGGGGUCUACUAUCUCCAGUUCACACUGUGUGCUAACCACACAGGCCUCAUGGGUGUAUAUGUGUACAAGAACAAGGAGAGGAUCAUGUAUAACGUGGAGUGGAAGGAAGAACAACUUUAUAAGUACUUCACUAACUCCGUUGUCUUGGAGCUGAUGGCAGGAGACUCCAUUCACCUGGUUCUCCCAUCAACCUAUUCGCUCUAUGACGAUAGAGAUAACCACACCACCUUCAGUGGCACGCUUCUCUUCCCGCUGUGAGGAUGUCGUUUGGGCUGUUGUGGGAUUCAUUUAAUCACAAAACCUGUUGUUGUUAUCGGCUACGCUGCGAUUUAGUGCAGCGAAUAAUGGAAUUCUGGAUCUGACUUCUAUGUCAUCAGAUGAAAACAUCCAAAUAAAGCUGUUAUCUUCAUAUGGAACAUGUCCAUGAACUGAUGUUCACACAUUAAAACAGUUCAACGUCUCAAACGAGUCCAUCCAUUUUACAGAGUGUCGUUGUAAUAGGCUAUUAUGUUACUGCGUUAUUGUUACUAACACAUGUUAAAAUGGCAUUAUAAAGUUGAAGGUGGAGAUAAUUCUAACUUUGAAUUCCCUUGAAGUGUAGCGGCAUCAAAGUAGCAUAGAAUGGAAACACGGUAUAUCUAAUAAUGUUCCUCUCAGCCAUUGUUUUCCAUUUACACUGUAAUUUAAACAAGCCUGGCUAUCAGAGUAUGUAAUGAAGUCACAUGAAUGUACCUAUAUUAGCAUAAAUAGAAAAGAAAUAGAAUCUAACGGAUAUUUAUUCAAAUCACGCACAUCAGUGUCUUGACUUUUUCUUAGAAGUAUUUGUGAUCAGGGGAAAACAAAUAAUCAUUGUAGCUAACACAGAUCAAAUCUAUUUAUUCCUGUCAAGUGCUAACACAGAUCAAAUCUAUUUAUUCCUGUCAAGUGCCUCUUUUAUUGUCUAGAAAGUGAGUGUUGCCACUUCUGAAUCACAUCACAUCCAUGCACACAUGGGGAGACGGCUUCACCUGCUCAGACCGCCUGCAGUGGCCACAUGUCCUGAGUCCAUAUUUAUCCAUAAUUACUAUUCCACGGCCAUGAGGCUCCAAGGAAACAGAAACAUGUGAAUGUGUUUCUUUCUUAAUAGUGUUAAUGCAAUUACUAUUCAACUUUAUUUCAGACUUAUACGUCCACAUUUGAAGGAUAUCAUUACAACCUCUAUUUUGUUGACGUUAUUUGUUCACCAGUUAAAUGAGUAAUGUUGUUAUUUAUUUGGAGCUAUGAUUGAUGUCAAGUAGUUGAUCUCUUUUAUCUUUGUUUUAUAGAAGUUAUCUAGUUUUUGGUCUAUGCCAGUUCUUUAAAUAUAUUUGAGGGGAAUAUGUA